GCACACAAACGACAAACCAUGGUGUCCUUAUAUAUACCACGGGCCUCCUGGACUAUGGAUAGCACCCACUGUAAUCAACUGUUUUGUACAGCGUCCAGCGUAAGGCUGUCAAGAAAGGAAGAUGGAUGCUUCAAGUAGCCUGCGACAACGAUCACUGUCGGUUUACACGAGGAGUAAUGGAGCAGCGGCGGCCGUGGAAGAGCGGACGGCAGAUGACGGCGAGUCACUUGGGGAGCCGGUCAGCCCCUCCGCCAGGCUCGUUGAGGAGUACUUCAUCGUUGUCGUCGUCGGCCUCGGCGCGCCCGUCAACGAAUCCACCGGCCGCGCGGGCAUCGGUGCGGCGAUAGCAUGCUACCCACGGUUCCAAAGCAUCCAGGCGACAGAUAAGGACGGUACUCUACGGUGGGUGAAGACGACGGUUGACCUGGACUACCACAUCAUCUACCCAAAGCUGGACACGAUGGCCGUAGCGGCCAACCCAGACCAGGCUGUAGAAGACUACGUGGCGUCUCUGUCUACUAAACCCAUGGAUCACUGCAGACCUAUGUGGGAACUCCACGUCCUCGACUUCCCGACCUCGGAGGCCACUGCAACAACGGUGAUUCGCGUCCACCAUUGCCUCAGCGAUGGCACCUCCCUGCUCAUGCUCCUAUUGUCAAGCACACGCAGCGCCGCCGAUCCUUCGAAGCCACCAGUUUUGCCUCCGUUGCCGGCACGCACCGCUGCUAUAUACCUGCGUCCACGACCGCCAGUGUCUGCUGGCUCGUUGGCGUUUGCCUUGUGGCUUUGGUCCUUCGUCCUUCUUGCUUGGCACACCAUGUGGGACGCUGCAGGCUUUGUCUCCACCAUACUAUUUCUGAAAGAUACGCAUACGCUAUUCUCAUGUACCGACAAUGGGAACCGUCGCCCCAACCGCAUCGUGCACCGGAGUCUUAGCCUUGAUGAUGUCAAGUUCGUUAAGGACACCUUGAACUGCACAGUUAAUGAUGUCUUAGUUGGAUCUAUGGAUGCUGCCCUAUCGCGAUACUACUACCGGAAGUUGGGUGACACUGAAACUAGGAAGGAGAUCCGUCUGCGAUCGGUCCUUGUGGUGAAUUUAAGGGCAACUACAUCCCUACACGAAUGUGUCGGUAUGAUACAGUCUGGAAAGCCAAGCGAUGUAAAAUUGGGAAAUGAGCUUGGUUUCAUCAUCCUUCCAGUUCAUAUAGCCAUGCACCUUGAUCCACUCGAUUAUGUUCGCAAGGCCAAGAAUACCGUGGAUCGAAAGAAAAGCUCCCUAGAAGUGUCAUUUACACACGUUGCCGCAGAAGUCUUCCACAAAAUAUUGGGUCGGAAGGCAGGUGCUUAUAUCAUUGAUCGUAUGUUCUCCAAUACAACGACGUUAUUAUCAAACAUGAUAGGUCCAGUUGAACAGGUGGAGUUCUGUGGACAUCCGGUUGUCUUCAUUGCCCCUAGCCAGUACGGACUACCUCAAGCCAUAAACGUGAACUUUAAUAGUUACGUCAACACCAUCAAGGUGGUUCUAGCAGUGGACGAUGCACAAUUUCCAGACUGUCACGAGCUUUUGGGCGACUUUGUUGAAUCUCUCAGACGUAUUAAGGAUGCAGCUGAAAAACUUGGAAGCCAUGACAUGAAGGCAUAGGUGCAUUAUUAUGUGCACCAAAUUAUUUGAGGGUAUGUUGUGCACAAUGAUUAAAGAGAUCUAAAAUAAUGAUGAGCUGUUUUUAAAGAAAAUAUUGUAAUAUCGAUACAACUUGCAUCCUCUAUCUUAUCAUAAAAACUCAUGUCCAAAAACAUUUAAACAUAAGACGGCAAGAAUACCUGAUGUGAAUACUAUUCCAAUUGUUUCCUACUCUUUAAUGUAUUUUUUUGUUUUAGUCGCUGUGUCAACUAAUUUUGGAUUUGGAUUUUGUGGCAAGGUAUAUAUGUACUACGUGUGCGAAUGUUCUCAAAGUUUUCUAAGAAAAGUCCAAAAUUAUUAAUUUGUUUUCCUCGUAAACACGAUGUGCCUCAUUUUGCUAGGUCACAUAAGUGUAGCACCUAUUUUGAUGACUAUUUAUUCACGUGCAAUAUAUGUUAUUUAUACCUGGAGAAUGCCUACUGAUAUUUUUUAAGUAAGAGAAUCGGAACCAACCAAGAUCAGAAGAAACUGAUGCACGCAUUACUAUAGAGAUGUGCUUUCAAGGAGGUUACUCAUUCUUCCCCUAUGCGGGGGUUCUUGAAAGUGCGUUAUAUCGACUAGAUGAGGUGAUUGGAGUUUUUUUUUAAAAUUGUCAUGGAAGAAUUCUGAAGUGAAGAUAUUCAAGGUGACAAAAUGCUAUGCAGCGGAUAAAGUGCUCAAAUGCAUGCAAAACAGAAUAACAACAAAGUCAUCAUGCAUGAUCAAAAGGAUCAUACACAAGGAAUGAUUAUCAAGCAAUCAAGAUAAGCAGUAGGGAAGUACAUCGAUUGGACAACUAAGAGUGCCGGAACUAAGAAAGUCUUCAGUCAAAGUCUUGACGAAACGGGGAGCAAUUUCAUCAACACAUGAAUGAGUAAGUGAUAGGUUGAGGAAAUAGAACCACAUUGCUUGAUGAAGACACGGGAUUUUCCUCACCAGUUCCAACUGUUGUGACAGUUACACAUCUCGUUAAGGUGUCUUGUCAUUGAACCUUGAAGACACUUAGUCUACACCAUAUUCUCCUUGACCUAGAGUCACUUAGACUCCGUCCAAUCACUUGUGAUAACUUUUCGGGAUAGACUUCCAAAAUUUUCACAGACAUGUUCACCAACAAAUCACAAUUAACUCAUGGGUGCUCAGAACCUAAAGCCUCACCGUGUGGAUGAUCACGGUCUUAUAAGAUAAUAAAGGCGCCAUAUCUACCCAGGACAAGUUCUUUACUGAUGCUCAAUCACUUUGGGCCCCUGGGUGUUUGGGUUUUUCCUCACUUAGGAUUCUCUCAAAGUCGUAAGAUGACGAGUUUCUCUAAAUGACACUUGUUAAUAUCCCUCAGAGCAGCCAACCAACUACUAGUUGUGGGGGACUCCUAUUUAUACCCUCGGGCCACCCGACAUGAUAAGACAUAAUUUACUAGCAUGCUUCAUUACCAAAGCCAAAUUUAUAAAAAACCGUGGACAUUUUUUAAAUCUUUUUAGCUUAACAAUUUUCCAAGUUCAUGAUAUUAUUUCAAAUUUGAGAACUUCUUUUAAAUAUGAGACCCGUUUUCAAAUUCAUGAACAUUUUUCGAAUAUGCAAAAAGGUAAAAUUCAGACAUAUGUU